GACCGCUGCUCCGCACGCGAGCCAGGCCCGACCGCUGGACGCGGGUCGCUCCCGAAGGAGCUGGCGGUCAGGGGCGGUUCCAUCCGGCUCGGCUGCCCACAGCGGCCCCGGCUGGGUCGCGGUCCUGGCGGUGGAGCGGGAGGGCGCGAGCAAAGGACCCUCGCCCGCCCCUCCAUCGCGGCGAGCCCGUGGCGUCUGAGAACACGCGGAAAAGCGGAUCGGUCUUUGCAGACCGGGGCUCUGGAGCUGCACUGCGCGUGCGCCACGCUGGUAGCAGCGGGAGGCGGCGGUAAUUACCGAUUGUCCUGCUUGGAGGAGGCGCGGCAACCUGGGACCGAGGGGUGGACUGGCUCGUGAUUCCGCCGAUGCUCCGCGCCCUGUAAAGGUUUCUCGGAGACCGGAGCCGGGCUGGUUCCCAGCCCCCUCGGACCGCCCUCGGGGAACCUGCGCGCGGGACCCGGCGGCGGGACUUCGGGAGAGGAAGGUGCAAUGGCCAGAAAUUUAUUUGUAAUCAGGAUCCUGACCUUUGCCCUUUGGGUCACGAAUCCCCUUCAUGAACUGCAAGCAACAGCUGCUUUCUCUCAGACCACUGAGAAAAUUAAUUCAAAUUGGGAAUCUGGCAUUAAUAUGGACUUGGCGGUUACCAUGCAGCGACAUCAUCUGCAACAGCUUUUCUACCGAUAUGGAGAGAAUGAUUCCUUGUCAGUGGAAGGGUUCAGAAAAUUGCUUCAGAACAUAGGCAUAGAUAAGAUUAAAAGAAUCCACAUACACCAUGACCAUGAUCAUCACGCUGACCAUGAGCACCACGCUGACCAUGAUCAUCACCCUGACCAUGAACAUCACCCUGACCAUGAUCAUCACCCUGACCAUGAACAUCACUCUGACCACGAGCGCCAUUCCCACCGCAGCCAUGCUGCUGGUAAAAACAAUCGGAAAGCCUUUUGCCCAGAUCAUGACUCUGAUAGUUCAGGUAAAAGUCCUAGAACCAGCCAAGGGAAAGGCUCUCGCCCACCAGAGCACGGGAAUGGUAGGAGGAACGUCAAGGAGAAUGUCAUCACAAGUGAGGCGACCUCAGCUGUGUACAACACUGUCGCUGAAGGAACUCAGUUUCUAGAGACCAUAGAGACUCCAAAAUCUGGGAAACGCCCCAAAGAUGUAAACCCGUCUACCCCACCCAGCAUCACAGAGAAGAGCCGAGUGGGUCGACUGAGCCGUCUAGCCAGUAGAAAAACCAACGAGUCUGUGAGUGAACCCAGAAAGAGCUUUAUGUAUUCCCGAAACACGAAUGACAAUAUUCAGGAGUGUUUCAAUGCAACAAAGCUGCUGACAUCCCAUGGCAUGAGCAUCCAGGUCCUGCUGAAUGCAACGGAAUUUAACUAUCUCUGCCCAGCCAUCAUCAAUCAAAUUGAUGCUCGGUCUUGUCUGAUUCAUACAGCAAGUGAGAAGAAGGCGGAAAUCCCUCAGAAGACCUACUCUUUACAAAUAGCCUGGCUUGGAGGCUUCAUAGCCAUUUCCAUCAUCAGCUUCCUGUCCCUGCUGGGGGUCAUCUUGGUGCCACUCAUGAACCGGGUGUUUUUCAAGUUCCUGCUGAGCUUCCUCGUGGCGCUAGCCGUCGGGACUCUGAGUGGAGAUGCUCUGUUACAUCUUCUCCCACAUUCUCAUGCAAGUCACCACCACAGUCACAGCCAUGAAGAACCAGCGAUGGAAAUGAAAAGAGGCCCACUGUUCAGUCACCUGUCGGCUCAGAACCUAGAAGAAAGCACCUACUUUGAUUCCACGUGGAAAGGUCUGACAGCACUAGGGGGCCUAUAUUUCAUGUUUCUUGUAGAACACGUACUCACGUUGAUCAAGCAAUUUAAAGAUAAGAAAAAAAAGAAUCAAAAGAAACCUGAAAAUGAUGAGGAUGUGGAGAUUAAGAAGCAGCUGUCCAAAUAUGAAUCCCAGCUUUCCACAAAUGAGGAGAAGGUGGAUGCAGGUGAACGGCCUGAAAGCUAUCUACAAGCAGACUCCCAAGAGCCCUCCCCUUUUGAUUCCCAGCAGCCAACGAUGUUGGAAGAGGAAGAGGUUAUGAUAGCCCACGCACACCCGCAGGAAGUCUACAACGAAUACGUGCCCAGGGGCUGCAAGAACAAGUGCCAUUCACACUUCCAUGACACACUGGGCCAGUCAGAUGACCUCAUUCACCACCAUCACGACUACCAUCAUAUUCUGCACCACCACCACCACCAGAACCACCACCCCCACAGCCACAGCCAGCGCUACUCUCGAGAGGAGCUGAAGGAUGCUGGCAUUGCCACGUUGGCCUGGAUGGUGAUCAUGGGCGAUGGGCUGCACAAUUUCAGUGACGGCCUUGCGAUUGGUGCUGCUUUCACUGAGGGCCUGUCCAGCGGACUAAGCACCUCUGUUGCUGUGUUCUGUCAUGAACUGCCUCAUGAAUUGGGCGACUUUGCUGUUUUGCUAAAGGCCGGCAUGACCGUCAAGCAAGCUGUGCUCUAUAAUGCCCUGUCGGCCAUGCUGGCGUACCUUGGAAUGGCAACAGGGAUAUUCAUUGGGCAUUAUGCAGAAAAUGUGUCGAUGUGGAUAUUUGCACUCACUGCCGGCUUGUUCAUGUAUGUCGCCCUGGUCGACAUGGUGCCUGAAAUGCUGCACAAUGAUGCUAGUGACCAUGGAUGCAGCCGUUGGGGGUACUUCUUCCUGCAGAAUGCUGGGAUACUCCUGGGUUUUGGGAUUAUGUUACUCAUUUCCAUAUUUGAACAUAAAAUUGUAUUUCGUAUAAAUUUCUAAUUAGGUUCUAAACCCUAGAGUAGCUUGAAGAAGCAUUGCUGUUUGUAGUUGGAGUAGAUGAUAGAAAUAUGUUCAUAUGCUGUGAUACACAGCAUUUAAAACUAGUGGAUUUUGUGAUUUUUGUAUCAAAUUUUGCCAUUUGUUAUGCUUAAAGUCAGUUACAUUGGGUAACAUAAAGGUACGUUUUAAUAUUUAAGUUAUUCUGUUUGGGAAUGUAAAUUCUAUGUGUGAUCCACCAGUAUUACCGGUUUACUGUAUGUUUUGGCAUGACAUGUUCUGUAUAUUUUAGAGGAAGUGUCUUUAAUACUCUUUCGUACACCUUUAACAUUAGUUCCCUGCUGGAGUUAGGCCCCUGCGGACCUGCUAGUGGUGAGGAUGGGUGGGCACAGAGCCACAGAUGCCAGCAGUUUGGACUGAGUGCAGCCAAGAAAUAGGAGGAAAGGAGAGCUGAAGGCCUGAGGAGGUGUCCGUUCCUUAGAAAAAUCACAAAAUUGAUUUUAAUGUAGAGAGGAAGAUUUCUAGAUGUGUUAGGGACAUAUUUAGUGUAGAGUGCAUUCGUGAACAUCUGUCAGAUUGUUAAUGUUCCUGUAAAAAACAGUGAGCACUUUUGAUACACUUAAUUUGGUUGUGUAUUUGUUCAUGUGAUAGAGAAGUCUAAAUAUAUUUAGUUAAUCCAAGCAGUGUGUCAGUUGACAGAAACUAGGAUUUUAAAUCUGUAUAUGGAAAUAGGCCAGAUGAGUAACAAAUGUAUGUCACCAGAAGACUUGGUUUUCAUCAAGGGAUGUUACACUCAAAGUCACGUGAUCAGGUGUUCUGGUUGUCUAGGUUCCCAAGUGGCAAGUAUUAAAACCUUGAUCCACAUGAGGAUGUUAAGACCCAUUCUGAAUAUAUUUUGACUUCUUGGAUUCAGAAAGCACUUGCUCUCUUCCGGUGUUUUAAAAUGUCAUUGUGAGCAACCGUCCUUUUAUGUAUGGCACUGUAGAUACAUUAGGGCUGUCUUAGCACUGUCUAGAUGUUUCUUAAGAAAAUAAAGCAUCAACUCAA